AUGGAUGGCAAAGUGGAGGAGAAACUGGACGUAGAUGAGGAGGCAUACGACAUGCUCUUCAGCCCGGUGACCCCCUGGCCCUGUUUGUCCCUCGACUUCAUUCUGAACAAGCAUGGUGAAGGCCACCCCUCGGUAGGAGACGCCAAGAAGAAGGAGGGGGGAUGCUCCCCCGUGACGUACCCACUGCAGAUCACCUGCGUGGCGGGAAGCCAAGCUGCCAAGGGGAACCAAAAUGAAAUAUACCUCCUCAGGUGGGACAACCUGAACAAGCUCAAGGCGGGGGACGAGGAUAGUGAUGAGGAUAGUGACGAGGAUAGCGACGGGGACAGCGACGAACAUAGCGGCGAUGGUUACGGCCACGGCAAUGGAGGCUCCGCGCAAGGAGACUUGGUGAGGGAAAAAAAAGCAAACGGAGUGCACGCCCCUGAUGCGGGUCGCAAGAAGGAACAAGUUGUGUGUAAAUCGAUUAAGCACCCAUACGGAGGAUUAAACAGAAUAAAGACAUGCAAAAAAAUAAACUCCCUCAUUGCGACAUGGUGUGAGGAUAGUAAUGUAUACAUUUAUGAAUUAUCUGAGGAGAUGAGACAUGUUGAUGAGCGACCAUACAAUGAGGAGGUGGUGAACAAACCAUUACAUGUGUUCAACGGGCACACCACUGAAGGGUUUAGUUUAGACUGGAACCCUGUUCAUGCGGCGAAGCUUUUAAGUGGAGAUAAUAAUGGGCAGCUCUUUCUGUGGUUGCCUGACAAUAACGACAAGUGGGCUUAUGAAAAGUGCAACAUCGAGGUUGCUGCUGACCAAAGCGACGACAGGAGUGGAGGAAAGGGAAAAGGGAAAAAGAAACACAGCAUUGAAGAUGUACAGUGGGUUAAAGGAGGAAACGGGUUCGGCCAUGUGUUCGCCAUGUGCUCGUCCGAUAAAAGUGUGCGUAUAGUUGAUUCACGAGACUUAAAAAAUAAGAAAAAUGAAACGGAUGGAAGGAAUGAUUCUACACAAAUACAUAUAGCAGAAGCACAUGCAUCAGAUGUAAAUGUUAUAGCAUGGAAUGAAAAGGUUCCUUUUUUAAUUGCCUCAGGAGGAGAUGAUUCUGUCGUGAAGAUAUGGGACGUCAGGAAUGUGUCCACUUCUGUUGGUGCAUUAAAAUUUCAUAAGCGACCCAUUUCAGCUGUGUCGUGGGAUUGCCAUGAUGCUUAUGUGAUUUUGGCUGCUAGCCUAGACAAUUCUAUUUCCAUUUGGGAUCUGUCUGUGGAGACUGAGUCGUUAGAGUUUGGCCUGAGCAAGUACCCUGACCAACUUCUCUUCGAACAUUUGAACCAGAAGUUCAUCACAGAUGCCAAGUUCCACCCCCUCUACCCAGGCGUGGUCGUUUCUACGUCCAGUGAUAACUUUAACAUUUUUAAGCCCUGCAAUGUGUAG